CCUAGGAAAUAAACUUGAAACUGGUUCUAAGGUCAUUUUUGUGCUAAAACUUAGUGUAACAUACCAUUUAUUGGAGCAUUUCGAAAUCAUCCGCUUUGUGUAUAGGACAUAUUCUACUCAAAAAAAUAUUUAGUUACGCAGUUGAGUUUAAGUUAAUUAAAUUACCGCAUGGUUACAAAAUAUACCAAUAACGGUUUGGAGAGACUAGCCUAAUACAAGAAAGCUAACGAGUAUUACCUCCGCAGGUUUAUUUUCGGUUUCUUUUUGUGUCGAUGGUCAGCAGAAUCUAGCCAUGUGGGAUACAGUGUUGCUAAUCGUGAUCACCUUCCUGGCCACCCUGCUCAUCAAGAAGCUAUCCAACACUGACAGUAAGCACGGGAACCAUGAUUUGAAAAUCGGUGUGUACUACGCAUGCUGCCUCCUAGAAGCUGCGGUGGUCUGGCCUUUCUUCUUACUCCGGCCCAAGAAUGUCCGGAACUGCACGGUAGCAGCCCAGAUUAUCAAGCAUGUGACCAAAGUUAUUGAAGUGAAAUGGCAUUUGCGGAACGGGAAGGUUUUAGCUGAAGAUAGAGGCGCCGUUAUUGUAUCAAACCACCAAUCUUCCAUUGACAUUUUGGGCAUGUUCAACAUUUGGCAUGUGAUGGACAAAGUGGCUGCGGUGGCCAGGAAGGAGCUGUUCUACAUCUGGCCCUUCGGCCUCUCCGCAUACCUGGCCGGAGUGGUCUUCAUAGACCGGAGCAACCCCAAGGAUGCAUACCGACAGCUGCAAGUCACCUCAGAAGUCAUGAUCAAGAACAAGACGAAGCUGUGGCUGUUCCCAGAAGGAACUCGGAACAAGGACUUCACUAAGCUGCUGCCGUUCAAGAAGGGUGCGUUCAACAUCGCCGUGGCCGCGCAGGUACCCGUGCUGCCCGUCGUCUACUCGCCCUACUACUUCAUCAACACCAGGAAGAACAUCUUCAACAAAGGCCACGUGAUCAUCCAGUGCCUGGACCCCGUGCCAACAACCGGCAUGACCAUGGAGGACGUGCCCGAGCUGAUCCGGCGCGUGCGCGGCGCCAUGGAGACCGCCUACCAGGAGCUCAGCAAGGAGGUGCUGAGCGCGCUGCCCGCCGACUACCCGCUCGCCGUGCAGAACUGACACCUCCCGCCCCCCGCCCCGGCGGACAAAAAAGGAUGCGGCUGUAAGCAUAGACUGCACAUUGAGAUACUCGAGUGAUACUUCUGAGAUCCUAGUACUGCGUUUAUGGCGCUCUAGACUGUUCUAAGGUUUUAAGUCCGUGAAGAUUAUAUUAUAGUAUUGAUGUAUUAUACCUGCCGUGAGUAAUAUAGUCGUGCGAAUUAUAAAUAAUUAUUCUCAGCCAAAGUUCGCGUUGAUUGCCAGGUAUAUUAAUUGUUUGUUAGUGUUAAUUAUCUCCACAGAUCUUUUGCCGCCACUUUGUUGGAGUGUGACAAAAAAGUACUUACAUCAAAUCUAAUGGCUAUGGCCUUGGCAAUUAUAGAUUUUAUAGACUGUGUUUUCCCGAUUUACCUACAUGAAUUAGGGUCUAAUAGCCACCAUUUCGCUAUUGCAAUAAUAUUGCAGUUCUUGGACUGUAUGCCUAGGCAGGUCGAUUCAUUACAUUGAAUUAAUAACAAGUUACAAACAAGAUAAAUAAAUUAGCAAAAUCAAGGCCUAAUCGGAUUAUCGAAUUGUUUCUGUAAAUAACUCGAUUACGAUAUGGAAGAAAGAUAAUUACUGACAAUACCAUUAUGAUUGAUUGAUCACCACACUGAACACCUAAGUAAAAUAAUAGUGAUGAAAUCUUUUACGUUAUUCACAUACCUAUAGUAGAGACUGAGUCGUGAGUAUUUAAGCAUUGUAAUACAAAAAAAUACCAUUUGCCAUCGGUAUUUUUAUCCUUUAUGCCUAUUUUUUCUAGCCAUUCCCAGUUUAGUAAGUAUUAUUAACGUAUUAUUUUUAAAAACUAAAGUAUCAAUCGUAUUUGCAUAAUAUUUAUGUGACUGUUGAUUUACAAUAUAACAGAUUUUGCACUUGUAUACUACAGCACAUUUAUUCGAUUAUUUAAUUAUAGUGUGAUUAAUAUUGGCGAUGAGAUAGCAGUAGUAACUGGGCGAUGCUUGUGCGGAAUAUUAAUGAGUUGCCCAACCUGACAUGUCGCACGGCCAUUCACGAAUUACUUGCGCAACAAAUGUAUCAUUGAUCACGCUCUUUUUCGCAACACGUAUUAUAAUUUUUAUAAAAUAGCGCCUUAUUAUUUUAAGUUCAAAUUCCUAGUUUAAUUAGCAUUAAGAUUGUAUCCUUGACCACGCGAUGUGAGUGUGCCUUUUGAUAGUUCAUAUAUUAUUAGUUUUAAAUGCAAGUCUCUAGAAGUCCAGUGUUUAUCUCACAUAUUCCCAGCUGAUAUUACUGUAUGUAUUAUUGUGGAGGAACUCUUGGGUUUAUUGGUUUUAACUCGUAACGUAGACGUAGGUGCCAUUAUUCCUCAGUGAUAAUUAAUUAUGUGUGUGUUAUUUUAUUAUAAGAUUUACCUAUUUUACACUUUUUAUAAUACACAUGUAAAACAAACUUAUAAGCUGUAUUUUCCGUCGUUUAUCGUUAUUUCGAUAGAUAGCAUAUUAAUUAUAAGUAUAUUUUACCUAUAGUUUUACUUAAUGGUAUUUUGUUUAAAUCUAUACUAAAAACGCAUUUGUAAGUCGAGCUAGUCAAUAUUUGCCAACACAACCACAAAUGUAUCUUAAAUCUACAAAAACUUAUUGCGAUUAUAAUUUAUAAUCCUGUGAUGAAUUUAAAUAUGUACCUAAGUGUUACCAUCAAAAUUACAUUUGUAAAAAGUGACGUUUAACAUUAUGAGGAUAUGGCUCAAUGAGCAACAGGGCAUUGUAGUUUGGAAAUAUUGGGCUGUGAAAGAAGGUGUAAAUGAUGAGAUGUCCAAUGGGCACUAUUCCUGGAACACCGGUGUGGUCCAGGCAUCUCGACGCUGCCUCGUUAGACCACCAAAUGCAUGUUUCACACAUUGCAUUGGUUGACUGAUGAUGCAGAAUACUCUGACGUUGAUGAUGAUAAUGAUAAUAGUAGUUUUAAAGAGUAAUAAUUUUAUAUGACUUUAUUGUAUUAUUGAUGAUAUUAGAAUAUUAUCCAUAGGAGUUUUAAAAAGUUGACGUCUAUGUAUCGUAAGAUUUGCAUCAAUACACACCUUGAUACCUAGUUAUAGUUACCUACAUAGGUUGCCUGCGUGACAUUCAUAGGUUUAUGGUGUUUUCUACUGUAGCGUCUUGUAACCAUAUUUAAAGUUGAGUAUAUUUUUCGAAUUUUAAUAUAUCUUACUAUUAAAACAUAGAUUUUACUUAAAUCCAAUAGAGCAUAUUUUACUGCUAUACUUUUCCCAUUCGAACUUUUAAUACUCAUAUUGUUAAAAGCAGUCAUUCAGUACAUAUAGUGUAGAUGUAAAGGUUAUCUUUAUCUUUUUCCACUGGUAUCUAGUAUCUACCAACUAUAAAGUUUGAAAUGUUUACAACAUAUUCAGGUAGAUAUUUCGAAUGGUUUAUCAAUGUGCGUUAAAACUCUUUGUCUAUCUAUUCUAUAUUAUGUAGAAUUCUGUAUACCAAAUGUUGUUCUUGUAUCUAUCUUUUAUCAUGUAUAGCAUUAGAAUCCUACAAAUAUAUUGUAAUACAUUAUUCUAAUCGGAUAAGAUUAGUGACCGCGAUACUAGAUAUGUAUAAACGAUGUGAUCUUUGUUUAAAGAGAAUUUUACUGUAAUGAAGAUGUGUUUAAAAUGUUAUAUGUAUGUAAAAUUAAAACUUAAUGCUUUUACAGUUCAAGUAUUGUGUAAAAUAUGUAGUCAUGAAUUUUCCACUAGCCUUCACUAUGAUGAUGUCGUUUGUUAACGAAAUAACAUUAAACGCAAUUACCAUUAAAGGCAUAAAAUAUAACUAUUUUUUCAUGUUUUCGUAUGCAUGAUGUGAUGUUGUAAUAAAUUGAGAUGUCGAGGG